UUUGGGAGUCCUUUAGGGCAUAUUUCUGGUUAUGUCUACUUUCGAAAUAUGUAGAAAAUAUAUUUUUUUUUAAACCGAAAAGGUCAUCUACCUUAUUUUAAUAUCUAAAUUCGGUUCAUUGCAGGUAGAAAAUACUAUCCCAAAAUAGUAUAUUUACCUAUACUCCAAAGUUGUUUACAAGUUAUUAAUGCUGAACAGUAAACAUUAUUUUGAGUUAAUUGCUUUCAUACAUAAAAAUAGCAAUAAACUUAUUUUGGACUAAUUCAUUCAAAAACAUAAUACUUAAAAAGAAAAACACACACAGAUAUUUUUGUUUGUGUGGUUAAAAAUCGUUUAUGCACAUGCAUACAUAUGCAUGUAGAUAUACCAAGGUCAAACUGAGGCACAAAAACAAACAUGUUCACUAAUAUCCUGCCUCAUACCCUCUUUACACGCUACAUUACACUUUUUUAUGCCUAUAAAAGCCACGCGUGCUUCUGCAGAGCUGCAUUACACACCAAGCACUCGUGCAGAGCAAACGUGUUAGAGAAAAUUACAAAAAUAAAUAAUAAUAUUCAAAUAUAUAUAGAAAAUCGUUGAUUGAUUGAAAAUUUAAAAUGUCACAACGUAGAAUUUUAAAAGUUGCUUACCACGGAAACCGUCAAUUAAUCCGUUAUAAGCUGGGCAGCACUUAUGCUGAAAUUCUUAAGACAAUCAUGCAACAUUUCCAGAUUCCAUACAAACGCAAAUCAGCAACAACUCUCAAGCUUACCAACGAAGCUGGCAAAGUAUUUGGUAAACGUCAACUCAAAAACUAUCUCUUAUUGUUUCCGAAUCCCAAAACUACAUUCCAUUUGCAAAACAAUCAACAAACUACAGCAAGUUCGGGAAGGAACCUGAAAAUACUGCCACGCAGCAAUAACGCAAUCAACACUGUAACCACAAUGCAGCAGAAGAGUCGAAAGCGUCAACGCGAAAGCGAUUAUGAAUACGAUCCCACCUACACAACGACACCUGUAUUUCGCAUGAACUGUUUCAUAGGCGUGUAUCCUAGCAAAUGUUCUCUGCCGCCUACGAAGCGUGUCCGUUUCAGCGAAUCUUCAAACCGCAUCAGAAUUAUACCUGAACGAUCCGAAACAACUGCGGCUGUUAAAGGCGCACUACAGCGAACGAGUUCUUUUGUGGGUGAAUAUCCGAAUAACAUUUGAAAUAAUAAAUGGUUACAGAGAGUAUAACGGAAGUUGUAGCGGCAUCAAGUCGCACAUUUCCAUACUUAGCUUUUAAGGCGCUUUGCCUUUCAGUUCUUUAAGAAGCCAGAUGCUUAAUGGGGCUAUAAUUCUAGAAAUGCAACUCCCUACCAGACCUGAUGAUCAAGUGGACUAGAAGCCAAAAAAUCUUCAUUGAAGAAUUGUAUCUAUAUAACUAUUGAAAGCUGUUCGAAGACUGCAUAAGUAAUAAUUAAUAGAUUUUAAUUAGUUAUGUAUACAUAUGUCAAAUCCUGUUUAUAAUGUAAGACUAGGUUAGUUCAUAAAGUUUCAAAAAUAAAUCAAAAUUUAUGCUAUUAACUUGUA